CGUAAAAGUCACGUGACGAGGAAGCGCGUGCUAUUGGUUGACUGGAACACGUGGACCACUUCCAAUACUCGCAGCGCGUGCCAUGGCAGAGAAACUGGAUUUUAUCGCCCAGUGCAUAAGAACUUUCCCUGAUUUCCCUACGAAAGGGAUUCCAUUCAAGGAUAUUUUCCCGAUCUUGAAGGAUCCGAAGGCUCUGGCUGCAGUGACGGAUCUGUUUGAGGAGCACGUGAGGAACACUUUCCCUCAGGUGGAUCUUAUAGUCGGACUGGAUGCUCGAGGAUUUCUGUUUGGGCCGCUUCUGGCUCAGAGAUUAGGAGUAGGAUUUGCUCCAAUUAGAAAAAAAGGGAAGCUCCCUGGCCCCACGUUAUCAGUAGCUUAUAGUCUGGAGUAUGCAAAGGCCGAGGCAGAGAUGCAGGAAGAUGCGGUUUCUGCAGGACAGAAGAUCCUGAUCAUUGAUGAUUUACUGGCUACUGGAGGAACUCUGUACGCGGCGUGUGAGCUGAUCAAACAGCAGAAGGCCGAGGUGCUGGGCUGUCUGGUGGUGGUUGAACUCAAGUGUCUCAGUGGAUCUGACAAGCUGAAGCCAACUCCUGUGUUCUCUCUAAUACAGUACUGACGGUCUGGAGCUUUCACGUGA